AUGGAACCAGCAGCUGAACAGUCGCUCAACGACUCUACUUGUUUUCCCCCGGAGCCGCCCCGUAAGGCGGCUAAAUUAGAUGAUGCAUUUGCGUUUUGCGAGUCUUUGGCAAGUCACUUUUUACAAUCUUCAGACUUCAGUGCAAACAACAUAGCGGCCAUCUUGGACGCUUUUCCUUCCGAGGACCAUACUCGGACCUGGCUGGAAUCCGAUGGCGACUCUAAGGCCAUCACUGUCGGUGCAUGCAACCGAGGAGGAGUCACCGCUAUUCGCCGCAACACGCGACGCAUGCCAGCAGUGGCAAAGUAUUUGGCCGCGUGUCUCAGACUCGUCGCACCCCAAUGCGAGUUCACGUCUGUGUCUGUGCAUCGGAACUUGCAAGCUCCAAUGCAUCAAGAUUCCUUCAAUAGCAGCGUGCCUAAUGUAGUUGUGCCAUUGUCCUUCUUCUCAGGCGGACACAUCUUCGUCGUGCAUCCUGAGGGUCCAGAUCAAACCUUCUACGAAGAUGCAUCAUGGACAGGCUUCAAACUUGAUUGCGCUACUCAUGCUUGGGCUUUUGAUGCUAAGCAUUGCAAACACUUCACCUUGCCGUGGCAGGGCUCCAGAUCUCUUCUGGUUGCGUUUACCGUGGGCCAUCUCUCCGGUUUAGCUUCUGAUGAUAGGGAAUUCUUGACCUCCCUAGGGUUUAAGAUCCCCAGCCGUGAUGUCCAGCAGGGCCCCACCAUGAAGCCGUACCCUUUGCAAGGCUACGAUUUGCGGUGUCCUCAGGUAUCCACUGAUUCGGCGCCGUUGACUCAACCGAGUCCGGCCUUCCCCUCCGCUGAAUUGCCUGCGGACGGGCCUCUAGUGAUCGAGCUGUGCGCCGGGUCUGCCAUCCUCAGUCAGACAGCCGCCAGCCGCGGCUUUGCAAUCAUGCCAGUGGAUCAUGCUCACAACCGCCACACACCUAAGUGCAAGAUGGUCAAUCUGGACUUGACCCAGAGCCAUUCCUGGGAGGUCCUCAAGUUUGUCAUCAAAUCCCGUCGUGUUGCCAUGGUGUUUGCGGCUCCGCCUUGCGGCACUUGCAGUGCUGCUCGUCACUUUCGCCCGGGCCCCCCAGUGCUCCGCACCACUUCACAUCCGUGGGGUGUCCCGUGGGCCUCCACCAGAGAUUGGGUCAAGCUCAAAGCUGCCAAUGCCAUAUACAAGCAACUAUGCGCUUUUCUUGAAUUGUGCGAUCAGCACUCUGUGCCUUGGUGCGUCGAAAAUCCCACUAACAGCACCCUCUGGGAGUUGCCAUGUCUUGCGUACCCUUUGGCCCAUGGUUUCUUCGCGCAUUGCCAGGCUUGCGCUUUCGGCAGCGAACGAGAUAAGAAAACAUCUUUCUUGUGCAGCAGCUCGGGCAUCUCUCGCAUGGCUCUGAUGUGCCCAGGCUGUAAACAACAUGCAACGUGGGGCCUUACUUCUGAUGACACCUUCGCCACAGCGGAGGAAGCAGCCUAUCCUCCGGCCAUGUGCCAGGCCUUGUGUGAUGUCUUUGAGUCGGAGGCUGCCAGGCUCAACUACGUGUUGGGCUCGGCUCAGCCACUUUUGGCCCGAGCCCAUAAGCAACCGCGAGGACGCCUACACCCACAGCUCUUGUCAGAGCACGCUGCAGUUCUAUCCCGCCUCCUGCCCCGGGCCCCGCCUCUUAAUCACAAGCGAUGUCUUACGCAGGAUGUGCACGGUGUCCCCGCAGGGAGCAAGCUCUUGCGUUCCGAAAAUAGGGGGAAUAAGGGUCUCUUCUGUGUUUUCGGGGUCUUUAGGAGCCCAGAGUCUUUCGUCAGAGAGGCCAAGCUGCUAUAUCAUCCUUUUGACUCUCUUGCGCAGUUGCCGGACUACUUGAUCAAAUCCCUGUUUGAGCAGCUGACAAAAUCCCCUGCAGAGAUCUGCAAGUUGAGACUUCUUCGUCUGCAAAAGUGGAGGGCCAGAGCGACUGAGCUGGCGCCAGUCGAGCACGCUCACCGUGCCAAGAUGCAACCGUCCGUGAAGGAGAUCCUCGCCAACAAGCGGACGGCGCUACUGGAGGAGAUGGCGGCCGAAAUAGACUGGCCCGACAAGGGUCUCUUCUCUGAGAUGCGCCAAGGCUUUCGCUUGGUUGGGUGCCUGAGCCCUUCUGGUGUGUUCAGGGAAGGACCGUACCUCGCCUCCAUCAGCGAAUCCGAGUUGAUGGAAAAUGCAGACAGCAUCAGAGCUUCUCUCCUGGCACGUGUGUCAUCCGAUCCUCUUGACGAGAACGCCGAGGAGCUGUACGAUGUAACUCUUCAGGAGGCUACCCAGAAAAAGUGGUUGGACGGGCCGUUGACCCCAGGAGACAUUGGAAAGAGAUUCGAGGCGUGGAUCCCGGUGCGCCGCUUCUGUGUUGUGCAAAAAGGACGCUUGAGACCGAUUGACGACUUCAAGGAGAAUCUUGUAAACCAAGCCUGCUCUACGAGCGAGCGAAUCGUGCUUCAGGCGAUGGACCAUCUUUUAUGGUCUCUUUCCGUGUUGUGCCACUUCUACCGGAAGCGAGGAGCAGUCGACUUUACCUUAUCCUCCGGAGAGAGACUGACAGGUCUCGUCCAUCCUGAUUGGCAGAAGCCGGGGGCGAGCAUGCAAGUCGCCACCUUGGACUUGAAAUCAGCAUACAAACAACUACCGUUGAACCCUUGCGACUUCGACAAAAGUGUGGUGACCUUGAAGGAUCCCGAGACAGGAUCCAUCUCGUGCUUUGUCAUGCGCACGCUUCCAUUCGGAGCGUUGGCCUCGGUGUACCACUUUCUGCGGGUCAGUUUGCUGUUGCAUGCCCUAGGGUGCCACUUGGGAGCGUGCUGGUCAGCAUACUUCGACGACUUCCCUAUGGCGACUCACUCGCUGGUGGCCACGUCAACUUCGGCUUUAGUUAAGGGUUUCCUUAAGCUAGCGGGGUUUGACUUUGCAGAGGAGAAAUGCACCCCCUUCUCUUCGGAUGUCGAAGUCUUGGGAGUUACUCUGGAUGUGUCCCAGAGCUCGGAGGGCCUAAUCAACAUCAGGAACAAGCCGUCGCGGUGUGAGGAGCUUAAUGCAGUGAUCGAGGAAGUGCUCAGGGACAAGGCCUUAGUCCCUUGCCGACUGCCGUCCUUCAUUGGCAAGCUCCAGAUUCCGGUCUCCCUUGAUGCCAGCGGGAUCGAAGCGCUUAAGAUUCUUCAGCAAAGAUUGACGCAUGGAAAGCCUCGUGUCAUCCGUGCUGGGUGGAAAGAAAAGCCGAUUCUGCUGUUCACAGACGGAGCACUGGAGGAUGAUAACCUUGAUCACGGACCGGCUACUGUGGGGGCGGUCAUGUUUAAACCGAAUGAGCCCAACGCUUACGCUUUCGGAUGCGAGGUGCCGGCAAACGUACUGUCUCAUUGGAGAUCCGAUGGCAAGAAACAUGUCAUAGGUCUUGUGGAGCUUUACGGCGCCAUUCUGGCUCUUCGGCAUUGGCGCAAACACUUGGACGGCAGCCGAGUGAUAUUGUUUGUCGACAAUUGGCCAGCACUUGAUACUCUUGUCAAAGGAGAUGCAUCCGUCGCGAUUUGGCGGGAAAUUCUUAUGAUCCUUGAAAACCCGCAGGAAGCUUCACCGUGCUAUUUAUGGAUAGCACGUGUGCCAUCCGCGUCCAACAUUGCAGACGCCCCGAGCCGUGGAUCGCUUUCCGAGCUUAGCCACUGGUCUGUACGCGUGGAGGUGCCCAGGUGUCCGCUGUCGAAAGUUGCUCUGAAGUCGAUUGUGUCUCAAGGCUAA